AUGCAUCUGUCAUUUGUUCCUCUCGCUGCUGCACUGGCAGCGUCCAUCGUGCAGGCGAAACAGCCGAAUAUCCUGUUCGUGCUGACAGAUGAUCAGGAUAUCGAGCUGGGGUCACUGGACUAUAUCGAUGCCGUGAGUAGUCGUAUUUUUGAUCAAGGCUUCACAUUCAAUAAUCACUAUACAACCGUGGCACUAUGCUGUCCGUCACGGGUGGCCCUCCUUCGUGGCCAGCAGGCUCACAACACCAACAACACAUACGUGUCACUGCCUGGAGGAAGCUUUCAAAAGUUUCAGUUAUCAGGAGAGAACGACUACUACCUCCCUCACUACCUCAAGCGCGCUGGCUACAGGUCUGAGUUCAUCGGCAAGAUCAUGAACGGGUAUGCCAUCUACAACUGGGACACGCCCCCAGCCGGAUGGGAUCGGUUUGAUGGCAUGCUCGACCCGUGGAUGUACACUUAUAACACGCCCGUCUUCUCUGUAGACGGCGCCACGCCACGGUACUACAACGGGUCGUAUCUGCAGGACGUUGUUCACGCCAAGGCUGUCGACCGAGUCCAAAAGUUGAUUUCGAACGAGACAGCUACUGGGCAGCCAUGGUUCCUCAUGGUCGCCCCUACUGCUCCUCAUGCUACCUUCAACACAACAGGAGACUGGGCGCCCGUGCCAGCAGCUCGUCAUAUGGACUUGUUCCCCAAUGUGACUGCGCCUCGCACGCCAAACUUCAACCCAGCCGUCCAGAACAAGCCCUCGUGGGUCGGCCAGCUGCCUCUGAUGAACGACGCCGUGAUCAAGGUUGUCGACGAGUACGCGCGUGCCCGAGCCCAAGCGUUGAAAUCCGUAGACGAGAUGGUGGACCACCUGAUGGACAUCCUCGAGCAGAGCGGCGAGCUGAACAACACCGUGAUCAUCUUCAGCGCCGACCAUGGCUAUCAUCUCGGGAACCACCGCGUACCCUGCGGCAAGACCCUGCCAUACAAGGAAGAUACGCAUGUUCCCUUUGCGAUCCGUGGCCCUGGCGUGCCGCAAGGCUUGGACACGGACCUGCCCUCCAACCACAUCGACAUCGUCCCCACGCUGCUCGAUUUUGCCGGGCUAGAUGAGUCCGAAUGGCCCAGCUUCCUGGACGGCCGCAGCCUGCGCCCGUACUUGACCGCAGCCGACACUUCUUCCACCAACAGCUCCGGCACCGAUGUUUCGUACGUGGAGACGGUCAACAUCGAAUACUGGGGCCAAGGCAUCAUCGAGGCCACAAACCUCGGCUACGCCAACACCUUUUUAGGCAACAACACCUACAAGACCGCCAGGGUCAUCUCCAAGGACUACACCUACAUGUACGCAGUCUGGUGCACGGGCGAGACGGAGCUGUACGACCUCGUGGCCGACCCGUACGAGCUCAGCCCGCUGCAGACCAACAGCACGGCCGACGCGGCGCGGCUGCACACGAGGAUGAACGGGCUCAUGCUGCUGCUCAAGGCCUGCAUCGGCCAAGGGUGCCGCGCCCCCUGGACGGUGCUCCAUCCCGACGGCGCCGUCAAGUCGCUCGCCGACGCGCUGGACCCCAAGUACGACCUCUUCUACGCCUCGCUGCCCAGCGUGCACUUUGACGUGUGUGCGAUGCAGUACAACCUCGCCAACGAGGAGCCCUUUUUCUCGUCCAACUACUCGGACCUGGCUGACUACGGUGUCGGGACGACGCCUGCUAGUGCGGACACGAUUGGCUGGAACGGGACGUAUUUCGGCGCCGUGUAUGAGGAUCUGGCUGUGAUGGAGGCGCGGGCGCGGGAUCUUACUGCCGCUGAGCUGGAUACUGAUGUGAGCACGAAGAAGGCCAGGCGGUACACAGACACAACGUAAUGAGAUAAUGUAAUCAAGAUAGUAAUGUGAAAUCUUCAAAAGG